GCAGGGAGACGGCCGGGCCCACAGACCGAGAGAGGAGACAUCCAGGGAGACAUCAUGUCCUCUCAUCCUGUGCACGGGCUGCCAUUCCUGCCCGGGAACACCUACCGGGAUCCGACCAAAUCUGUUUUCCAUCGCUCCCAGACCCUGACCUAUCGUAAUGGGUACAGCCGCCCGAUGCUUCCCACAGUAGGGAUCGGUGGGGAUCCCAUUACAGUGAACCAGCUGUCACAAGCCGAGCUCGAUGAACUCUCCAACAAAAGACCUACUCUGACCUACGGUCAAGUGAAGCAGGCGCCGCCGUCCAGCUUCAUCCCGGUGUACGUGGCUUUUGACAAAAAGGUGUUAAGAUUUGAAGCCUACUUCAAAGAAGCUGUUCCCAUCUCCCAAGACGAGCACUACAGGGUACGGAGAGUGAGCGUGUAUUACUACCUGGAGGACGACACUAUAUCUGUGGUGGAGCCCCCGGUGGAGAACUCCGGAAUACCUCAAGGCACAUUUAUAAAGCGACAGAGACACCCUAAAAACGACAAUGGGGAUCAUUACCACUGGAAGGAUCUCAACGUGGGCGUUAACAUCACCCUCUACGGCCGGACGUUCCGCAUUGUCAGCUGCGACAAAUUCACACAGGACUUCCUAGAAAGCGAGGGCAUCGAACUGGACCUGCCAGAAGAGAUCCCUUCUGAUCCUUACACUGAGUUCCGGAGAGAGCCGGACCGCACCUACAAAACACCCCCCGACUUCGAUAAACUCAAGCAAUUCCUAACCAUGGACCGCAAGGUCCUGCGGUUUUUCUCGCUCUGGGAUGACUCGGGCAGUAUGUUUGGAGAGACACGACCGGUCAUUGUACACUAUUACCUCGUGGAUGACACCGUUGAGGUCCGGGAGGUCCACGAGAGAAAUGACGGAAGGGAUCCUUUCCCCGUAUUAAUGAAACGCCAGCGUUUACCGAAAUCUGUGAAGGAUCUAAGAGACACCUUUCCCAAAUGUGUGCUGGAAAUCUCGGACCAGGAGGUGACGGAGUGGUAUUCGCCGCAGGACUUCAUGGUGGGCCAUCAUGUCACCAUUCUGGGGCGUAAGUUCUUCCUGUACGACUGUGACGCCUACACCCGGGACUUCUAUCAGGAGAACCUGGGAAUCCAAGACAUGACCCCCGCAGACGUCAAGAAGCCGAAGGAGGAAGAAGUGAAACAGGAGAUCCCUCCAUACAAUGGCUACGGUCUACUGGAGGACUCUCUUCAGAACUGUCUCACCCUGGUGCCCAAACCGCCCAAGAAAGAUGUGAUUAAGAUGCUGGAGAACGACCACAUGGUCCUGAGAUACGCAGCCGCCCUGGACUCGGUGAACCCUGAAGACAAGGGGCGACGUUUCAUCCUGUCUUACUACCUGUCCGAUGACACUGUCAGCAUUUUCGAGCCCCAAGUCCGUAACUCGGGAAUCAUCGGAGGGAAAUUCUUGGAGAAGAGCAGAGUUUCCAAACCGGGCUCCUCUAUAGACAGUCCCGUCUACUACGGCCCAGCGGACUUCACCGUCGGCGCUGUUGUUGAAGUUUUCAGGCACCGGUUCAUCAUCACGGAUGCGGACCAAUAUGUUUUAAACUACAUGAAGGCGCACAAGCAUCAGUUUCCCUGCAACGUGCUGAAAUCAUUGGAGAAACACUUCCUGCCACAAGAGGGAGACAGAGAGCUGGGGGAAACUAAUGUUCAGGCGAUGACCAAUGGAUCAGCAGGAAGGUACGACCCGGUCAUGUAACCCAGGAGGACCCCAGAAACCUCCCCGGCUGCGGAGGGACCAGCGGUUAUUUAUUUUACUCUUUCGCUAUAAACG